UUUUAAUGUCAAUUCAGUUUCGUUGUUUUUUUAGUUUUUAGCUUUUUUUUUUUUGUUUUUUUUUUUUGCAAAAUUAUAGAUCUAAAACUACAAUUAUUGGGGGUAAACAACAAGAUAACGGUUCAAGUAACCAUAGCCACGAAACAUACAUUCUUCUUCACUUUCGGCAACACUUACGAUGUCACAGCAAACCUUAAUCUUCUGUUACGGCACUCUCAAACGAGGUUUCGCUAAUCACACAUUAAUAGAGGACUUAAUCUCCCACAACGACGCCGUUUUCAUCGGAUCAUACGUCACCGAUCUCCACCUCCCCCUCGUCCAAGGCCCUUACGGUGUCCCUUUCCUUCUCAACCUCCCGGGGUCCAGUCCUCACCGGGUCCAAGGCGAGCUCUAUUCGGUUUCCACUUCAGGUCUCCAGAGACUCGAUGAGUUAGAAGGUAUUACCCUCGGCCAUUACGAAAGGCUUCCGAUCACCUUGAGGUCGGCAGAUAGUGGAUUGAUUGAGGCGGAAGCUUAUUACGCUCACCGGAGUUUCGCCGAGGAGAUGUGGAGGAAGUGUGGAGAGGAAGGGUAUGAUGCUUAUACUCAGGAGUUAGGGAAAGGUUAUGUGAGGAGGGAUUUGAGGCCAAACAAUGCGAGUCUUCGCGAUGCGAUCGGCUUGUUUUGUUCUGAAGACCCUACCGAUAGCUUGCUAUAAGUGAGAUUUUAUCGUGUUUGUUUGUUUGAAUUCCUAUUGCGUAUGCAUUAUGUAUAUGUUAUCUAUCCCUUUAAUAAAAAAUGUUAGGAAUUAUAAUUAUGAUGUGAUAUACAAAUUUGGGUCAUUGACAGAUC